UGCCGACGCAAUGCAGCUUUCCUCUGUAUGUAUCAUACUCAUGGCUCUCUGGGUAACCAACCUGUUCCUGUCGGUGCAGAGGGAGGAGAAGCAGCUUGAGGCAUCAUUAGAUGCACUGCUGAGUCAAGUGGCUGAUCUGAAGAACUCACUGGGGAGUUUCAUUUACAAGUUGGAGAACGAGUAUGACCGGCUGACCUGGCCCUCUGUCCUGGACAGCUUUGCCUUGCUCUCCGGACAGCUGAACACUUUGAACAAGGUCUUGAAGCAUGAAAAGACACCACUGUUCCGUAAUCAGGUCAUCAUCCCUCUGGUGCUGUCCCCAGACCGUGAUGAAGAUCUCAUGCGGCAGACUGAAGGACGAGUGCCUGUGUUCAGCCAUGAGGUGGUCCCUGACCAUCUGAGAACCAAGCCUGACCCUGAGGUCGAAGAGCAAGAGAAGCAGCUAACAACAGAUGCGGCCCGCGUUGGUGCUGACGCGGCUCAGAAGCAGAUCCAGAGCUUGAAUAAAAUGUGCUCAAACCUUCUGGAGAAAAUCAGUAAAGAGGAACGGGAAUCGGAGAGUGGAGGUCUCCGGCCAAACAAGCAGACCUUUAACCCUGCAGACACCAAUGCCUUAGUAGCCGCUGUGGCCUUUGGGAAGGGGCUGUCUAAUUGGAGACCUUCAGGCAGCAGUGGUCCUGGCCAGCCGGGCCAGCCUGGAGCUGGGACCAUUCUUGCAGGAGCCUCAGGAUUACAGCAGGUGCAGAUGGCAGGAGCUCCAAGCCAGCAGCAGCCGCUGCUCAGCGGGGUACAGAUGGCUCAAACAGGUCAAACAGGGAAAAUGCCAAGUGGAAUAAAAACCAACAUCAAGUCAGCUUCAAUGCAUCCCUACCAGCGGUGAGUGUGGCCAGCAACCUCCACUCCCAGGUGUCCCUUGCAGAGUUGAGCAGUGAAAUUGCCUUUUGCCCAAAGUGAACUACAUGGGUACAAUAAAGAGAACAUGGGCUUUCAGCACCAGACAGACCCCAGCUCCACCACUGACUAGCUGAGUGACUUUGGGCAAGUGACCUCAUUUUUCUCAUCCUGUUUUCUUGUUUGUAAGUGGCGAUGAUACCUACCUCAUAGGGUUGUUGUGAGGAUUAAAAUGAGAAAAUGAAUGUAAAACACUUAGUAUAGUCUAUGAAAUGAUGGGUAUUCAAUAAACUGUAGU